CUCUUGGCACAGGCGGCCAUGUUCGGUAUUUCGGCUGUCAGUGCGCGCGACCGCCUCGGAGUUUCAUUACCACUGCGUUUAUUGUGUUAUUAUUAUCAUUAUUAUUACUAUUUAUAUUAGGAGGAUGGACAGAGGGACCGCUCCUGGUUCCGGAGAUAAAGCUGUACCCUUUAUGUGCUGAGUGAAAACAUCUAAAUAAAUACAACAUACGCGGAGGAGAAGCGGCGCAGAGCCGCACAGGAGGAUUCUGGUGAUAAUAAAGUGUGUGUGUGUGUGUGUGUGUGUGUGAGAGAGAGAGAGAGAGUGUGGGAGUGUGUGUGUGUGUAUGGAGGAUGCUUUACCUGGACCGAGCUGCUUCACUGUUCACCAAGAAUUAAACCUGUUUAUUUUUUAUUAUUAUUAACUAUUAAAAUAUAAAAAACAGACUAUUAGUUUGAUCUCCAUCACUAUUUCUAUCCUCGGAGUGACCGGAGAAGAAGCUGCUUGUAAGCUUUAAGAGGAGACGUCUAGUGCGAUGUCCACUAUGGUGUACCCGAGGGAGGAGGCCCUGGAGCGGCUGAGUCAGGAUGAGAUUGUGCUGAACACUAAAGCGGUUAUGCAGGGGCUGGAGACACUGCGGGGCGAGCACGCUCAGCUCCUCAACUCCCUGCUAGACUGCACUCCACCUCCUGCCGCCCAGGAGAAAUCGGGCCUGCUCCGCAAGAGCCUGGAGGCCAUUGAGCUGGGCUUGGGGGAGGCACAGGUCAUCAUCGCGCUGUCUGGUCACCUGAGUGCUGUGGAGUCGGAGAAGCAGAAGCUGAGGGCUCAGGUGCGGCGUCUGUGCCAGGAGAACCAGUGGCUGCGGGACGAGCUGGCCAGCACCCAGCACAAGCUGCAGAAGAGCGAGCAGAAUGUGGCCCAGCUCGAGGAGGAGAAGAAGCACCUCGAGUUCAUGAACCAGAUACGCAAGUUCGAUGAUGACGCCACGCCCUCUGAGGAGAAAGCCGGUGAGAAAGAGAAGGACAACCUGGACGACCUGUUCCCCAACGAGGAUGAUCACCAUGGACCAGCCCAACGCAGUGGCGAGGUCGCAGCUCAGCAGGGAGGAUACGAGAUCCCGGCUCGCCUCAGGACCCUGCACAACCUGGUGAUCCAGUACGCCUCGCAGGGACGAUACGAGGUGGCCGUGCCGCUCUGCAAACAAGCCCUGGAGGACCUGGAGAAGACCUCGGGUCACGACCACCCCGACGUUGCCACCAUGCUCAACAUCCUCGCUCUCGUCUACAGGGAUCAGAACAAGUACAAAGAAGCAGCUCACCUGCUGAAUGACGCUCUGGCUAUCCGAGAGAAGACCCUCGGGAAGGACCACCCUGCCGUGGCCGCCACCCUCAACAACCUGGCUGUGCUGUAUGGCAAGAGAGGCAAAUACAAGGAGGCUGAACCCCUGUGCAAGAGGGCGCUAGAGAUCAGGGAGAAGGUUUUGGGGAAGUACCACCCCGAUGUGGCUAAGCAGCUGAACAACCUGGCGCUGCUGUGUCAGAACCAGGGAAAGUACGAGGAGGUGGUUUACUACUACAGCCGUGCACUGGAAAUCUACGAAAGCAAGCUGGGGGCCGACGACCCCAAUGUGGCCAAGACCAAAAACAACCUGGCCACAUGCUACCUGAAACAGGGCAAGUUUAAGGAUGCUGAGUCGUUGUACAAGGAGAUCCUCACCCGUGCUCACGAGAAGCAGUUCGGCUCAGUGAACAAUGAUAACAAGCCCAUAUGGAUGCAUGCAGAAGAGAGAGAAGAGAGUAAGGGAAAGAAGAAGGAAUCUGGCCCCUAUGGUGAAUACGGCAGCUGGUACAAGGCCUGCAAAGUGGACAGUCCUACAGUCACUAACACACUGAGAAGCCUGGGGGCGCUGUAUCGCAGGCAGGGCAAGCUGGAGGCCGCCGAGACUCUGGAAGAGUGUGCUACGAAGAACCGCAAACAGGGUAUAGACGCGAUUAACCAGAGUAAGGUGGUGGAGCUGCUGAAGGACGGCACCCCUGGUGGAGAUAAGCGGCACAGCAGAGAGGGGCUGAAUGGCUCUGGAGGGCCUCGUGACUCUGAGGGAGAUGAGGCCGAGUGGAGCGGGGACGGGAGUGGCUCUCUGCGUCGCAGCGGCUCGUUCGGCAAAAUCCGAGACGCUCUGAGACGCAGCAGCGAGAUGUUGGUGAAGAAGCUGCAGGGCAGCGGCCCACAGGAGCCACGUAACCCGGGAAUGAAGAGAGCGAGCUCUUUGAACUUCCUUAACAAGAGUGUAGAGGAAACCUCACAGGAUGUAAACAGUGGCCUAUCAGAAUGUCGAGGACUGAGCACCAGCAACGUGGACCUUUCCAGAAGAAGCUCACUGAUUGGUUAGAGAGUGCAGACGAGGUGUUAAAGAGGGCGGAGCAAAGCAGACAGGCUGUUUGCCUUGUGCAUUCGAAUCUGAACAGUGUCAUUUUGUUUCGUUUCAGAAGUGUAAUUUUUUUAAUAAUUAACUUUCCUCCAUUUUUAUCCGUCUAUAGUUUGACAGCUGGUUUGCUACCAAAUUGUUUUGUUCAACUGCACUGAUCAGAUUAUUGCACACAUACGCACACACCUGGCAGGUAGAAAUAGAUACAGUUACACCACAAUGCGCAAUGCAGACCUCGCUCUGUUCUUCAUGACCACCCUGUUCCCCUGAAAAUCCAACCACACGGUUAAUGCUAUACAGCAUGCUGCUUACUACACCAUAUAUGUCUGCACUCGAGACACAGAGACAUGGCAUGGUUAAAAAAAGAAGUUAUACUCCAUAUAAUUAUUAUGUCUAACUGUAAGCAUUAACUUUAAUUCUGAAUGUUAUGUACUUGGCACUAAUGUGGCUACACCCACCAACCCCCAAAUCGCACUUCAAGAGUGGUACGAAGUGUGGUUUUUUUUUUUUCUUUUUCUUUUUGAUAAAUGAAGAAUGGGGGGAUUGUUUAUUUAUUUAAUGUGGAGUGUCUCUGCACUGAAAUGGACAGAAUGUAGUGUUUAGAGCUACAGCCUUGAAGUUUGCCUUUUUUCUGUAUAUACAGGUUUAAAUUAUUUGAAUCGUAAUUAUAAUUUUUUUUGUAAAAUGGUUUUGUUUACAUGGCAGGAAGUAGGCAAAGGUCUGUGGAGAUCGGAUGCUACUCUAGAGUACAACAGAAGAAACACCGGGCUUUGGCGCGUGUCGUAACCGCAGCUUUUAUGCCACGAAGCCGAUCCUGAAACUUCUGAUUAUUUUGAUGUUUAUCUUUUCAUUUUCUCAGUCCUCCCUAAUGUCUGAGGCAGAGGUUGUAUAUAAAUGUGCGAAUAGGUUUCAGGUUUAGCGUUCGGCUCUUUCCUGCGUAUUUGAAUCUGUGAGGAUUUGCGAAGAUUAGAACAAAUUCUGCAUAUUAAUUUAGUCGUUCAUGUAGGAUUCUCCAAAAUGGCUGUUAUUUGUGCGUCAUGUAGGAGGCAAAAAGUCCUACACUGCUGGCUUUAUGUGCUGUAUUCCUGUGUUUGUGGAUAUCAGACACACAGUGGUGUUAUUGUACCUGCUGUGGUUAUGAACAGUUUCUCAGUAGGUAGUGAAUUUUUUUAAAGGUGCAGUUUGUAAUCAGUGGUUAAAGCCCUGCACUACUUAUUAGAAGGUUCACGCCCGAUAUCUCCAAGCUGCCACUGUUGAGCCCUUUAGCAAAGCCCUUAACUCCUCUGUGCUCCAGGGCACUAUAUCAUGCAAUCUGACUGUAGCUUCCUUACAUCAGGGAUAGACAACGAAAAAAUUACACUAUGCAAGUGACAAGUCUAAAACACCUUUAAUCCUUUAAUCUGUAGUUAUUCUACUUCAUGAUUUAAAGAUAAUUACCCUGAAAGGCUAAUUAAGUUUUUCUAGCAACAGUUUUCUCCCACUUGAAAUUGCCUCAGUCCCUAGAAAGACUCACAUAUUAUACUUAGUGUUAACUAGUCUCAACUUUGUAUUCAUUUCCUCUAUUACUCUAACAUUAAAUCCCAGGAUUAUGUGAUUGCAGUUAAAAAGCUACUGUUUUUCUAGUAACCUGUUUACUGUACAGACAGUUUACAUAUUCUAAGUGUAAUCAAUUAAUUAACUGAUGCUGUUUAACAGAAAUGUAACAUAAUGGCAACAUUUCUGUGAGGAGAUAUUUAUUUAAACAUGACAGAAGGAGUCUCCAGAGUUGAAGAAAAUGAAAAUUUUGGAAAAAAAGUAAACAUGAAAUUGAUGUUCAUGUCCCCCCACAGCCAGCAGAGGGCGCUCUGAUAAAUUACAAACUGCUCCUUUAAAUAUCAAUUCUUUCGGUUGAUUUACAGGAUGAUGGAAGAUAAGAGUAGGUUUUGAAGGUAGAGAGCAUAUUGACUAGGCUUUGGGGUGGUGAAAGGUGUUUGAAUGUAGGAAGAAGAAUGGAAAGACUUUGUGCAAACAGACGGUCAUCUGUUCUGCAAACUAUUCUCUGUGUCUCGUUUUUUGCUCACACAUGGAUUCCGUAUUGUCGCUGAUCAGGAAGAUCAGUAAAGUCUAGUGUCCUGCUCAUGAGCGUGUACUUUUAGACGCACGCACAAUAAAAGCUUUAACCCCG